AUGUCCGCAUCAGCAGCUGUCUCACAGUCUGCACAUAUGUCCGACCUUCUACCCACCCACUUCAUCGGUACCACUAUGACCGCAGUGCAAAACGAUGAUGGGAAAUUCCGCGUCUACUUCCAAAACAAAGACUACCAGAUCUACGAAAUGUCGUUGAACAACCCGAAGAGCACAGCCUAUACCCUGCUCAAACUCACGAACAGCCACAUUCCCGCUGCUCGUAUCAACAUGCCCAUCGCAGCCGUGGCGAGUAAUGACUUAGAAGAGAUCCACGUUUUUUACAUCACUGUGAACAGCCUUGUGCAGGAGAUUUGUCACUCCAAGUGUCAUGGUUGGCAAAAAGGCACAACCAUUGGCAUUGCUGUUGAGAACAGCACUUGCUUGUGUUACGCACUCAAAUAG